AUUUGUUUAACGAAGGAACCAAAGCCUCAGGGACUAAUGGCGCAAAGCGACAACAGAGAGCUCCAAGCAAUGCCUUUUAGCGAAUUCUUGAAUCGAGAAAUCAGUUACUUCAAGGACGCGCUUGCGUUCGUUCGUUUCAUGGGGAAUCGUUUCCAAUGGAAUCAUCUACGGCGUCUUCGAGGUUCCGGUUCCGUGAACACCAUCAACAGGAGGAUGCUACCGAGUCCGAUGUCACUUCCGACAUCUCCUCCUCAUCUGGCGACAUAGAUGAGGAUUCCGAGCUCGAAUCCAUGACCGGAAAGGGGAUAAGGCGUCUUUGUACGGAACUACUGGAAAUAAAGGAGACAUCCGACGAAGAUUUUCAUAGAAAUAUCUUCGCUAGUUAUUCUGCCUUUGUUGGAGUAUUUGAGGAAGUAAAAGAAAUGGAAAAGGAAUUGAUGCAGCUGAGAACCCAUGUUUCAAUGCAAAGGAGGCUUGUAAACUAUCUAACUGAUAGUGAGUACCUAAAGGUUUUGUCAGAGGAAACCACGGAAUCUUUCACAGAAGAGCUGAAAUGCGAUGAAUAUGCUCCCCAAAAUGAGCUGGAGGCUCACAUCAGUAAUGUUUCAGAUACCCUGGACAUGCUUCUGUCAGAAAAUCGAGCUGGUGAUGCUAUUGCAAUUUUAGAAAUGGAGCAAGAAAAUUUUCAAGAGAUGCAACUUGAAGAUGGUAUACCACCAGAUGUUUUAAUGUUAUAUAACUCUGCAAUUUCUGAGAGGAAGGCUAUGCUUGUAUUGCAAUUAACUCUGGUGGCUGAAAAUUCAAGAAUUACUGCUCCAGAACUCCAGAAGGCACUUGUUGGAAUUUGCAGGCUGGGUGAAUGUCAUCUGGCCAAUCAGUUAUUGCUCAAGUAUUAUCAUUCACGUCUUGCUACUGGAAUAAAUAAGUUACAGAGUUCAAAAUCAUUUUUACAAGGGUUGUAUAACAAGGAACUUUCAAAAUUUGUAUUUUCUAUGAUUUCUCAAGCAGCAAGGAGUUUUGUAAUGCUUUAUGGAGAAACUUCUCCUUAUGCUUCAGAAUUUACUCUAUGGGUCCAAGAAGAGAUUGAAGUUUUUGCUGUUUCUUUUGCUAAAUAUGUUAAAUCUACCUCAGAAGUAAGCGGUGGACUGUCUGCAGCAGUAGAAGCGGUGCAGUUUGCAAUCUCGUAUUGCUCUUUAUUAAAGGCGCAAAGAUUGGUGUUGCAACCAUGCUUGGUUAAGCAUCUUCGCACUUGUAUGGAAGAUGUUUUUUAUACACAUAUAGGUCAUUUUAAGAAAGUUAUCAGCAUCUUUACAGCUAGUGAUGCUUGGGUUUUGGGCAGAUAUCUCGUAUCUGGAACCUUGAACAAAGACUGCUCUUACAUGGUUGUUGGGCAGCAACCAGAAUAUUGUAUACUCACUAACAGUGGCCGGAAAUUUGUAACUCUGUUGCAGGCUAUCACCAAGGAUGUUAUCCCUUUAAAUGUUCUUCAAAUGGAAAGUUAUAUCCUUUUUGGUCUGAGUAACCUCUUCAUAGAGUACAUAGCCAUCCUUGAAAAAGCUAUCACUUCCAAAAUAGACAUGUCGGAAAAAAGAGGUUCAAGAAUAAUUUUGGCUGAGUCAGUGCCACAACAAGUUUCGAUCCUGGCAAAUCUAUCAACACUUGAACAUUUCUUCUGUAGCACUGUUAUAAGCAUUUUCAAGGGCAUCAACUGUGGUGAUUCUGAGCUAACAGAAAACCAGUCAGUUGGUUCCCAGCAGCUGGAAUUUGAUAGUUGUGUAACGGUCAUUCAACAAGCAUCAGCUCAACUUAGAUCUAAGUUCUUCCAGCAAUUCAUAGACAGAGUAUUAACUUCUGAGGUGUGUAUAAGGACCCAUGAAAUUUUUGUUGAUGGUGAUACUUGUUCCAGCCUGGAUAAUGGGCUGAUGCCUUCUGCAGUCUUUCAGGUGUUGUUUCUGGAACUGAGGAAAUUUGAUAAACUUGCUGAAUUCAAUGUUUUUGAAGCGGAUUGGUUGAAGGAGCUAGUAAGAGAAUUGAUUGAAUCCAUAUUUGUCUGGAUUUCAAACAACAAAGAGAUUUGGGAAACUAAGGAAGAAAGCUCGAUUUUUCAACAUUCUGAUGUUUUGAAUCAGUUUUUUCUAGACAUGCAUUUUCUGGAGGAAAUCACGAGGUAUGGGGAAUACUUCUCCAAGAGCCCCUUGGUUCCAGCGACUCUCAUGAAAUCAGUCUUCAUUUCAGCUGGGUUCGAUCAUAUAAGAGAUGAUGAUGAUGGAUGGGCUACAAAUGCUGCAAUUAAGGCAAUUCAAAGGCUACUGGAAAUAGAGGAAACCAGAUCACAUACAAAUGAUGAGAUUGGUAAUGAUCUUGUAGAACCACCAGAAAAUCAUUCUGAUCAUGCAAAUGAAACUCUCCAGGAUGAUGCUAGAAGUUCACUAGAGGUUUUUUCUGCAUCAGAAGAGGAUCUUGUGGCCGCAGGGGAAUCAGAAGUUGCCAUCAACAAUGCAGAAGUGACAUCAAAUACAGAGCCGAAUGGUCUUGGUUGGUCAUCAGAUGCUGUGAAAGAUGAGGUUUACUCUAUUGAAAGGAGCACAACACAUCUGCCAGACAUUUUUGGAGAAGUGAACAGUACUGAAUCUGAAAAUGCAGAAUGUGAUAAAAUUCAUUUAGCACCAGAAACCAUUUUACCAAACCUGCUGUUAUCUGUGGGAACUGAUGCAGCUUCUGAAAAAGGAUUUCCCAGUGAGGGGAUUGGAAGCCCCAGAAAUUCCAGCUAGCCGCAAAGCGUGGAUGAAAUAAACAGCAUGGAGAUGGCUGCCUCCUUACCCAUUAAAGACUGUAACAGGGUUCAACCAUACAUGAUGUGUCAUUGUGAAAAUCCCAUGCAAUCCCAGUCCACGCAACCAUUUCUGGUCGGAUCAAAUCUACAUUUUCCCUAGAAUUGCAAUUUUUUUUCUCAUA